AUGAUUCUGCCUAAGAAAUGUGGGGGAGUGGGCAUGCGCGAUGCGUCUUAUGCGAAUACAGCCUUGCUGGGAAAUUUGAUUUGGGACUUGGUCCAGGGUUCCAGGAAGCUGUGGGUACAAGUGUUGUCUAGUCGCUAUCUAUGUGAUACCUCAGUUUUUGAGGAGGUGGCUAAGCCUAAUUCCUUUUCCUUGUGGCGAAGGAUUCUCAACCCAAGGUAUGAGUUACAGGGUGGUUUUUCGUUUAACGUGGGCAAUAGUAGCACUUUAGUUUGGUUUGAGGACUGGAGUGGACAUGGUAUGUUGGGAAAGCACCUCCCUUUUGUGCACAUCUCAGACUCACCUCUCACGCUCAAGGAUUUGAUCAAGGAGGGCCAGUGGAAUAUUGCAGGUUUAUCUACUCCCUUGCCUGAACCUGUGCGACAGCGCCUCUUAGAUAUUGUUCCUGUCACCAAUGUAAACUUGCAGGACCAUUGGAUAUGGAAACCUAGUAGUAUUGGAGUUUACUAUGCUUUUGAUGCGUAUGCGUGGCUUUGUAGGUCACAGACGCAAAUUCUUCCCUCAGAUAGUUGGCAGUGGAUUUGGAAAUUGGAGGCCCCUAAGAAGGUUUGGUCUCGGUUGGAUGCUCUGGCUUUGCUCGGUUUUACUGCUGCCACCGUGAAAGAUUGGGUUCAUACUCAGGUUCAAGGCCAGCACUCCCUUCUGUUUGUCGCUGCUAUUUGGGGCUUGUGGCGCUGGAAUGUCAUGGUUAUUGGAGACAAAGAUUGGUCUGUUGACUAUGUUGUGCGCUGGAUACAUCGAGAGCAUAAGGAUUACGAGGCUUGGCUCACCAAACAGGGUAGUGAUGAUGACUCCUCUCGGGUUCGUUGGACGCUCCCUUCUCCUGGUUUGGUUAAAUUAUAUACAAAUGGAGCUUUUAGUGAUAUUCAUGGCUGCAUGAGCAUGGGAGGGCUGGUGCGAGAUGAUAGUGGGAAUUGGGUGGCUGGUUUCAUCGCUGGUUCGAGUGGUGGCAACACACUCAUGGCUGAGAUUUUGGCGAUUAAGCUUGAACUUCAGCUUCUUUUGGAGUUAAAUAUUCAAAGUGAUAUAUGUGAUCAAGGUUGA